AAUCGUCUAACUUCCAUCAGAUUAGCAACCUUUUCUGUUUCCUCUUUCCAGCUCUCAAAUACCUGGUUUCACCAGAUCCAGCGGACAGAGGUGAACCCAAAUCAUGUUUUGCUCUACAUAGAGCAGCUGAGCAGUGAGACCCUCAGCUUCUCCUUCACAGUGGAGCGGGACAUCCCCGUGCAGGGCCUGAAGCCAGCCCAGGUGAAGGUCUAUGACUACUACGAGACAGAUGAGUUUGCCACACAGGAGUACAGCGCUCCCUGCACCACAGAGGAAGUAGACCAGGGCAAUGCAUGAAGAAUACUCCCAGAUGCUGGAACCCACCUGCCUCACUACCACCCCAACCUAUGGAGUGACAUGAAUAAUGCCUGCAAGGAAUGGGAAAUUAACUUUACAAAUAAAUUAACUGUACUCACCAAUGAUUUUUGAACAGUUUAUUCCCAAUUCUGAUUUUUUGUGCUCAUCUUUCAGUCACAGCUUUAAUCUCCCUGGCUUCUUAAGUUGAAGAGUAUCCUAUCCAGGAAUGCCUGUGUGCAGUGUAGUAAGGCUGACAAGUGAGGAAGAAAAAAAAGAGGACCGAAUUAUUUAAGUUGGGGUCAGCCUUUCUAAUGUAUCUCUGUCUUUGCUAUGUUCUUUGAACUUGUCACCUGUGAUCCUGUAUAAUCAAUGUAGAAGGACAGGUACUUCUUGGGAACAAUUUCUCUCCCCUGGCUUAGAAACCAUAACCAUGAUAGAAUUGGUCUCUGCUGAUGGCUAUCCAUGUGUCCCGCAAGUAGGCAGCCUGGAUGAUCAGCUAAUGUUAAAAGAAAUUCAACCUCUGUGAUCUUCCCUGUAGGCAGCCCUUCUGGGAUUGUUUCUUGUUUGUAGAAGAGUGGGAAGAGGCAUAAUCUGCCCUCUUCUAAGAUUAGAGAGUGUAUGGUGGCAGAAGGAAUGUGUGCAUGCAUUAUGCCUUCAGCUGCUAACUUAGCCUGUUCUCCAGUUGGAGCUUGUGCCUUCUUGUGGAAACUUCCAUACCUUGUGUCUGCUGCUUCUGGGAGAUUCCCAAGGAGAAGCUAAUGGCAUUUGCCUUUAACCUACUUGCCUAAGCCUAGUCUAAAUGGCACAUUUAUUUAAAUAAUAGAGUUGCUUUGAUGAAAGUCUCUAUAGGCCUCCUAGAUAUCUCCAGGAAUGCUCCCCUUUCCUUGGUUUUGUCUCAUUAAUUUGUGUGUUUAACCUUUUGAAAUGCAGAAAGAUCUUACAUGACUGUUUAUUCUCAUGAAAUGCUUAUUGUUAGGUAUCAUGGCAUACUGUGUAUCCAAAGUAUGUUCCAUCCAUUUUUUUUUAGUGAGCCUGUACAAACAAUGUAAUUGAGAAUAAAUAAAAUUCUUCAUCUAUUUUGCUACAUAUU